GAGCAGGGCCCCUGGCAGGCCGACGGAACCAGGCUUGUCGUUAAGAACGGUUUCUUGGAGGUGGUGGACCCUGCUGCAGGACUAAGCCGGAGCAAGAGCGACGGUCAUCUUGUGUGCGCGCUUGGUGGAGGCACUGCUCAGGUGGAUGCGGCUCGCGUUGCACCCAGAAGCGCCACGGAGAGGCCUACGCGCGCGGACAGCUGUCUUCACGUGAGCGCAGCGGAGGACGCCACUAGCCAUCGCGCGCUCUCAGUCACGUCGAGGUCGCGGCCCAGCAAGGCCGCGAGGCUGCGUUGCAAGCAGCUGCUCGUGGCGCUGGACGGCACGCGCGAGGCCGAUCUGAAUGCCGCGUGGGGACUGGCCGACGGUGGCGGGAGCAAUGCGGCGGUUGGCCUUGCCGCGCGCAGGAGGGACGAGAGGUACAUGCUCAGCAUCCUCAAGGCAAAAGAGCGAGAGCAGACAGCAGCCCAGGGCCCAGCACAAGCCGCCUCGUGA